CCUCCUCUCGACUCGACGCAUUUGCACUCUGGGAACAGUCGUUAGAAACGCUUGAAGGAAAGGAGUGCCACACGGCGACACGGGACUUAUUUUAUUUAAAGGUUGAGCAACAUAAUCCGUCGUUAUCGCGCGCUGGAUGCUCGCUCGGAGACAAAGGGGAACCCCAGUGGACUGGCUCAGAGCAGGAAUAAGAGGAUUUAGAGACUCGUGGUCAGAUCCGCGUCACCGCUUUUUCUUUUUCGCGUAAAAACUGCAACGGGGAAAUAGAAACACAACUUCGGACACAUCUUUAUUUUUACAACUUUCUGCAUCUUGGUGGAAUCAUCAGGUGUCUCGGAUCUCAAGCCUUUAAUUCAUUCUUACCAUAUAUAGCCUGUGUAGACGCGGCUGGAGCAGAUAGAAUUUGUGCCGCGUUGCCAAAGUUUAUAAUUAAAUGCUCGCAUCAUUUUGAGACCCGCUCUUUCUCUCUGUACCGACACGUCUGCUUUGCAGGUUUGUUUAUCGGAUCAGUGGAUGUUAUAGAAGGGAACGGGGCUCUUCUUGUGAUUCGUCGCCAACAGGAGCCAUUUUUAAGUCUUUGAGUCACUUGGACACGAGCUGCUCAGACUUCUUUCCUCUUUUUCCCCACCGAAUCCCUGACUUCCUUUUUGUGCGUCUCGCUCCGGGCUCACGGUUGAUCGCCAUGGCUCGCUGUUUCCUCAACGUGUGCGUGCUGCUGCUGCUCGGAUGGCGGGCAGCUGAAGCCGAGCAGGUCGGGGAGAGGCCACCGCCGGCGGUCACCCUCCGCACCCUGCUCGCGGGGACCUGCCAGGAGAUCCACGGCUACGCGGAGUCGCUGCUGGGAACCGGCGUGGUGCGCUCAGCCGCUGAGAGUGCAGGGUUGUUUCUUGAGUCAAUGCUUGGUCAGGAGCGCGUCUAUACAUUGGCCAUGUUUUUCGAGAUGGUGCUCCGAGUCGUGGCGGAGGGAGCUGCCAGCGGCCUGAACGUCAUCGCUGUCUACUUCACGGAGAUCCUCAGGGUCACAGGAUUCGAGGCUGCACUGCCCCGAGUUACCCCAGAGGGCGUGGCCGCCUUCGCUCAGUGGGGUCUCCUGGCUCUCAUUGGCUACUGGGUGCUGACCAUCGUCCUCCGUCUGCUCAUCGCCGUGUUGAGGCGCGUGUUCUGGGUGGUGAGAACCGUCUUGGCUCUCUGGCUAUUCGGACUGAUGGUGACCGACAAGACAGCCACCACGGAGGCCACGGCGGUCCGACUGGCCGGCCUGGUGCUGGUGUGCGCCCUGUUGACUCUGCUCUCUUCUGCGUCUGAGAAGUCGUGCGCAGUGGAGCAGCGGCUGAGCGUCCUGGAGAGCCGGCUGAGGGCGGUAGAGAAGAGGAAAGGGGACUAGCGAUGGGAAAGAGGGUGCAGCAGAGUAAAGAUGAGCAAAGGUGAUGGUGAUGUGGAGAAUGGUAGCUUUGAUGGUUUCUAUGUGUGUGUCAAAUUAUGGCAAAUAAAGUAAUCUCUGGGAUUUUUAAUCAGGAA